AUGACUCGCAAACAGGAUGUUUUCAUUACACCGCCCAACCCCCAGAGUAACCUAUUUGAGUCGCCAGGGUCACUGCUGUCGCUGUUCUACAAUAUUGAUAAUGUCAGUGAACCCCUUCGAAAUAAUGCUGCUCAAGGCACGGCUGCAGCAGCGGAAGAGCCCAUUUCACGUGUUCAGAAACUUCGGCUUUGGCGCCACGAAGCGUUCUUGCAGCACCAGUAUCUGACGGCAGAGUACAUUGGAGAUAAGAUUCUCAGUAUGACGAGUGAUCCCAACGACGCAUUUUGGCUAGCACAGGUGUAUUUUCAAACAGGAAAUUACUUGAGAGUGAAGAGCUUACUCACAACGAGCCCUGAAUAUGAGCAAUCUGUGGCGUGUAGGUACUUGAUGGCUCAUAGUCUCAUCAAGCUUGAACGGUGGGAAGAUGCAUUGGACGUAUUGGGAGAGACAAACCCGUUCCUGAAGGAGUCACACCAGAGGCCAAAGAUAACAGAAUAUGGCGUGCGUUUUGAAGCGUCAAUGUGCUAUCUUCGAGGGCUCAUAUAUGCCAACCAGAAUAAUUACGAACGAGCCAAGGAUGCGUAUAAGGAAGCUGUGAUGGUGGACGUGAAGUGUUACGAGGCUUUUGAUGAAUUGAUCAAAAACGAUUACCUCACUCCUGCUGAACAGUGGGAGUUCAUCAACUACCUUAAUUACUCAGAUGCUGACGACAACGACGAGCUCGUGAAACUACUAUACACAUCUCGUUUGAGCAAGUACAUCAACGUGCCAAAAUUUGAAGAGGCAGAGAAUAUCCUCAAAGACGAGUACCGUCUCAACAGCAAUAACGACUUGCUCCUAAGUAGAGCGCAGCAUGCUUUCGUCCAGUGCAACUUCGAUCAAUGUCUUGAGAUAUGCGAGACCAUCCUCGAUAAAGACCCUUACAACUGUAAUACGCUACCGUACUAUAUAAGUUGCUUGUACGAGCUUGGAGGACGCAACAAAUUGUUUUUAAAGGCUCACCAAUUGGCAGAGUCACACCCUACUCACCCUAUUGCGUGGCAAGCCAUCGGUAUCUAUUAUCUAUCCAUCAAGAAAGUUAUCGAGGCGAGAAAGUUCUUGAGCAAGGCCACCUUACUCAACCCCAAUAAUGGACAGGCUUGGAUAGGAUUUGCACAUACUUUCGCCAUGGAUGGAGAACACGAGCAGGCCAUCAGUGCCUAUGCAUUUGCAGCUAGACUAUUUCCUGGAAACCACAUGCCCAACAUGUUUUUAGGCAUGCAGCAUCUUCAAAUGAAUAACGUCAGCCUAGCAGAAGAAUACCUUUUAGCAUCGCAUCAUAUUUGCAACAGUGAUCCUCUCCUCCUCAAUGAGAUUGGUGUUGUCUACUACCACAAGAAUCAACUUGACCGCGCCGAGGCAUACCUACAAGAUGCACUUACGGCAGCACGUUUUCUCAAUUCCGAGUCCAAGAUUUGGAUAUCUAUAAAUGCCAAUCUAGGCCAUGUCUACCGAAGGGCUGCACAAUAUGAUAAAGCGCUAGAUUGUUUUAACCAAGCUUUGAAGAUGAAUCAUAAAAAUGAUGGUACCAUCCUCUCCGCAAUCGGGUUGGUAUAUCUUAAGAUAAAUAACCCAUUUAAAGCUAUAGGGCUCAUUCACGAUGCGUUGGCGCUCGCCCCUGAUGACCCCAUAUCAAAUGACCUACUCAAGCGAGCACUUGAGGCUAACCGGGAUGCACAUUCUGCAUUUUCGGUUUAUGCUGGGGGCAAUAUCACUGACUCACACACACUUUCGGCUUCUACAAGUACACAAAGCAAAACCUAUGAACCUUUGCGGUCGUUCAACCCGUCGAAAGUUGGUUCAAGUAAGAUUGCAACGGUUUUCGAAGACGAGUCUCGGGACAGAAGAAGAGAUCGGAGUAAUGACGACGCUAGCAUUGCAGCACUUGCAGAGCGGUUGAAGGAGGGUGAAGAAUCUAGUGACGAGGAAGUCAUGGAUAUCGAAAGCGACUAG